AUGGCUAAAUGCGAAAAUUUUGAUCUUACAGAUGAACCUAAAUUUUCUACACUAUUACAAAAUGUUGCGGAAUUACAAUCCUUAGGUUGUGAUAUUGGUAUUGAACGACAAGCUCAACUACCAUCUAUAUUUCAAGAAGAACAUGAUAAAUCAAAAAUGGAUAAUAAUGAACAAGAAACUUUACAAUUAAUUAAGACAACAACAGAUAUAGCUCGUCGUGCUAUGAAUUUAACUGUUCAUGGUGUACAAUUAUGUGCAUUAUGUGCAAGUCGAAAAACAAGAUGUUUUAAUAGUUUUUCAUCUGCUAUAUCUUGUAUUCGCGAACAACACGGUUCAUAUCAACCACCAAAACAUUUAUUGCUUGCAUGGGAAAGAAAUGUUAUGUUGAUUGAUUUAUUUACCAAUGAUGAAGGACUUUAUUGUAAUAGACGUAUAGCACAAGAUAUGUUUGACAUUUGUUUGGAAACAUUUGACUGGCUUCGUUUGAUUGCUAACGAUAAUAAAUAA